AUGGAAGACGACAGAGAAAUGAGAAUCGACGAAGAAGCUAUCAUUCCCGAGAGCGGGAAUGGUGAUAGAUACGGCUCAAGGAGAGAUGAUCGGGAUAGAUCACGGAGCAGAGAUAGGUACAGGAGCUCAAGGGAUGACGACAGGCAUAGAAGCCAUCGAAGACGAUCAGACUCUCGAUCACGAUCUCGUUCUCGUACUAGAUCACCAAGAAGACAUUCACACAGUCAUAGACAUCAUUCUAGAUCACGCUCACGAGAACGUGAUUACAAAAAGGAACGAGGACAUGAUUCCGGUCAUCGAGAAUAUCGAUCAGGUUCAGAUCGAUACGAAUCUUCUCACAGAGGCGGUUACGGUGGUUAUGGCGGUAGAGGUGGAAGAGGUAGACCUGUAGCUACAGCUUUCGGUAGAGAUAGAUUCAAUCCAACUAGACCUGACGGUGAAAAAUCAGUCGGAGGUCCAAUGAACGCUCCUCAAGAAGAAGCUGAAGCUCACGCCAAAGUAUCUAAAAGAGAAAAUAGACUUUAUGUCGGUAACUUGGCUUAUGAUGUAAAUUACAAAGAUCUAUCAAGUUUCAUGUCUCAAGCCGGUGGAAACGUCAUUUUCUCUGAAGUCUUGACUACUCCUGCUGGUCAAUCUAAGGGUUGUGGUAUCGUCGAAUUUGCUUCCCAAGACGAAGCUCAACGAGCCAAAGCCGAACUCUCCGACAAAUACCUCUUAAGUCGAAAUGUCUUCAUCCGAGAGGAUCGAGAAGAGACAGCUCGAUUCGGUGCUCCCCCCAUUCCCGGUAAAAUUGGUUUGGCUACUGGUGAAGCCCGUACUUUCUUGGGCAACGCAGCUCCUGUUUUCACUGCCAAUCCCACCAACAGAAACGUCUUUGUUGGAAAUGUUCCACUCCAAGCUUCUUGGCAAGACCUCAAAGAUCUCAUGCGUCAAGCUGGAGAAGUCAUUCGAGCUGAUAUCAACAUGCACCCUGAUGGAAACCCCAAAGGAAACGGUACCGUAGUGUUUGUGAACCCAGAGGAUGCUCGAGCUGCUAUUGAAAUGUUCAACGGCUUUGACUGGUUCGGUAAUAUUCUUGAAUGUAAACCUGAUCGAUUCGCCAAUGCUCCAUUCCGAGGACGAGGUGGACUUCGAGGUGGAUUUGCUCCACGAGGUGCAUUCGGCGGUUUCCGAGGUGGUUUCCGAGGCGGAUUCAUGGGUCAAGCUGGUCCCGGAGGAUACGGUGGAGGAUUCGGUGGUGGUAUGGGACGAGGAAUGGGAUUUAACCCACAAUAUGGAGCUCAACAAGCUGGUGGAAGAAGUUUCAACGAUAACAUUUACGCGGAUUACAACGGUCCUGAAGGUGGUGAAGGUAUAGCUGUCGAUGGUGCUGCUGGAACUGGAUUGAAGCCUCAACCUGCGGAGCCUAAUCAACAAAUAUUGGUCAGAAACCUACCAUGGUCAACGGCCAACGAAGAUCUCGUGGAACUCUUUGAGACUGUUGGAACCGUUGUUGUCGCCGAAGUCUUAUUCGAGGCUGGUCGAUCAAAGGGUGAAGGUAUUGUUCAAUUCACGGAAACUGCUGAAGCUCAAACUGCAAGUGAGAAAUUCACCGGUUACAUGUAUGGUGGAAGACCUUUAGACGUUCAAUUCAACCCCAGAUGGCACGAAUUCUCCUCAGCUGCUGUCAAAGGUGGUCAAGUUCCUCCUGCUUAG